AUGAUGGAUACCAAAAAAGGGACGAUCUUGAUGCAACGAUAUGAGAUAGGAAGGUUGCUUGGCCAGGGGACGUUUGCAAAAGUAUAUUAUGCAAGAAACCUGAAAACCAAUCAAAGCGUCGCCGUGAAGGUGAUAGACAAAGAGCAGGUUAUGAAGGUGGGAUUGAUUGACCAAAUUAAACGUGAGAUCGCAGUUAUGAGGCUAGUGAAACACCCAAAUGUGGUCCAACUUUAUGAAGUAAUGGCUAGCAAAAGCAAGAUUUAUUUUGCCAUGGAAUAUGUUAGAGGUGGCGAGCUUUUCAAUAAGGUUUCCAAAGGGAGGCUGAAGGAGGAUGCCGCUAGGAAAUAUUUCCAACAACUGGUGGCUGCGGUGGACUUUUGCCAUAGCCGUGGUGUCUACCACCGUGACCUCAAGCCUGAGAACCUCCUCCUAGAUGAAUCCGGCAACCUGAAAGUCACGGAUUUUGGAUUAAGUGCAUUGUGUGAGUCAAGAAGACAGGAUGGUCUCUUGCAUACAACGUGUGGAACGCCGGCUUAUGUUGCCCCAGAGGUGAUUAACAAGAAAGGAUAUGAUGGCCAAAAGGCAGAUAUUUGGUCGUGUGGGGUGAUCUUGUAUGUUCUGCUUGCUGCUUAUCUCCCAUUCCAUGAUAACAAUCUAAUGGAAAUGUAUAAAAAGAUUAGCAAAGGGGAAUUCAAAUGUCCACAAUGGUUCGCUCCUGAGGGAUUCAAGAAAAUCGAGGCAUCAAAAUCAUUCACCAAUGAAAGCGCAUCAAAAAGUUUUAUUGAUUACGAAAAUGCGAUAAGAUACAUGGAUACUCCAAAGGGUAGUUAUAAUAACCUUAAGGAACUCGACGAUCCAAAACCACUGUUAUCACAAUCACCUUCAUUUUCUUCCUUUUCACCUUCAUGUUCAAAAGAGGCUUUGAAGCCGACGUCUAUGAACGCGUUUGAUAUCAUAUCGCUAUCUCAAGGGUUCAAUCUUUCUGGUUUGUUUGAAGAGGGUGGUUCAGGUCAGAAAAAGGAGGCUCGUUUUACAACAAAAGAGCCUGCAUCAGCGAUUGUGUCAAAACUUGAACAAGUAGCGGAGACGGAGAGUUUUGGGGUUUCAAAAUCGGUAGAUGGGACAGUGAGGUUGCAAGGGAGUAAGGAAGGGAGGAAAGGGCAGUUAGCCAUAGAUGCUGAGAUAUUUGAGGUGGCGCCAUCGUUUCAUGUGGUGGAGAUGAAGAAAUUGUCCGGCGACACGUUGGAGUAUAAUAACUUCUGUAACCAAGAGUUGAAGCCUUCUUUGAAAGAUAUAGUUUGGACGUGGGAAGGUGAACAACAACGUGAUGAUCAACCCCAUAUACCUAAACCCAAUUAA